AUGCCGGCAUACCACUCCAUCUUCCUGGAGGACCGCGACGUCCCCGUGAUAGGGAACUUCCCUAUCCUCCCCCUGCGCACUCGCACACGUGGCCCCGCCUACACUCUGCCUGCACUUCCCGCCAAUACUCCCGACGUGGACGUCACCCCCGAGAGCGAGUCAUACGACUGUGUCGAUGAGAUCCUGUCGCUUUUCCGUGCCAAUGUGCUGUUCCGGAACUUUGAGAUCACUGGCCCUGCGGACCGGAUGCUUAUUUAUGGAACCCUGUUUGUUAGCGAGUGUCUCGGCAAGGUGAAGCCGACGAUGAAUGCCCGCGAGGCCGAGAAGGCUCUGAUCAAUGCUGCCCUCGACAACUUUGCCGUCCCCGGUGAUGUGUCCUUCCCGCUCAACCAGGCCUUUGAACCCCCACGCGAUCGCCAGGAUGCGGAGAGCCUGCGGGCAUACAUCUCGCAGGUGCGACAAGAGAUCGCCGUCCGGCUACACGCUAGAUUAUACCCUGGUGGAGUGGGACCUUCGAAGUUCUGGCUUAGCUUUACAAAGAGAAAGUUCAUGGGCAAGAGCCUGUAG